GUUGUAGAUGGCGUGUGCUGUUAGAGUGGAAUAACUUUACUUUUAUUUAUAUUUUAAUUAACUACAAUGGCUGUACAACGCCGUGGAAACAUUAAAACUCCAGACAAUAACACCAUAGAGAAAAAAAUUAAAAGGGCAAAUGCACAAAGACAGGCAUCAUCAUCGUCUAGAAGAUAUACUAUCCUACUGGCACUCACUGGAACAUGUGUUGUGUUGAUGGGGCUCUGGCUAAACUGGACUGAUGAUGAUGUUGAAACUAUGGUCUCCAGAGGGGAAGUUCUCACACAGCCCAGAGUAUUCCUGGUCCAGUGCUCGAAAGAUUAUGAAAACUACAAACGUUUCCCAGGCUGCACCCCAACAGAAUGUGGACGAGCUGUUUCAGACAGUGUGGUAACCAUCGAAGAGGCACAGGUGCUAAAAAGGUUAGCAGAGAGAGGGCUGGCACUUGCUGGUUCUGAAGGAGGAGCGUCCAUCCUGGAUCUCCACUCCGGAGCUCUCUCAAUGGGACAGAAGUUUGUUAAUAUCUACAGAUAUUUUAAUGAUGAAAUAAGUGAUGUAUUCAGUGAGGAGGAUUUUAUGCUGUAUAGGACAGUGCGGGAACGCAUUCAGAAGGUGAUCGCAGAAACAUUCGGGCUAGACGUUACCAAGCUGCACCUCACCAAGCCGACGUUCUUUUCCCGCAUCAACAGCACCAGUGCCAAGACCACUCAUGACGAGUACUGGCAUCCGCAUAUCGACAAGGUCACGUACGGCUCCUUUGACUACACCUCACUGCUGUACCUAACAGAUUAUGGUGUGGAUUUUGGAGGGGGGCGUUUCGUCUUUAUGGACCCAAACGGCAACCGAACAGUGGAACCCAGAGCAGGGCGAGUGUCUUUCUUCUCUUCAGGCUCCGAGAACCUGCACCGAGUGGAGAAGGUGGUGUGGGGAACCCGAUAUGCAAUCACAGUGUCCUUCACAUGUGAUCCUGAUUAUGCGAUAGCUGACCCAAGCUUUCAGUAGUGUCUCUCUGGAACGUAGGACAGCAGUGUCUGGAGCUCUGGGACUUAAACACAAAGUGAGGAGACACGUUUGUGUUUUAAAGCAGACUGAAAGAUUACAUGUGCAUGGAACACAUUUGUUUUAUUAAUGAGACGUCUAAACUGGUCAUUUCAAAUCAUUACAAAAUUACUAGUGGUAGAAUAUCCAAAAUAAAUAACAAAACCGUUCAUGAGCAUUUCUACUUAUUUGCCCUUUUCGGACAUACCAAAAUACCAAAUAAUUUAGUAUUUUAAGAGCAAUGCUUUAAAUUGUUUUAAUUAUUUUACUCUCUACAGUGUGUAAUAAUCAUUAAAAGAUUCAGUAAAUGUACAGAAAUCUGUAUUUAAAUGACGGGGCAAAAAUCACAACUGAAUGCUUGUAAUGGAUUAACACAUGGACAUAUGCAAGUGUGCAAUGGUUAGACUGGUAUGGCUGCAAUCCAGAUCUGUCUCCAAUUAAAAUAUUUGCUGCAUCAAAAAGUACCAUUAAGGCUUGUAUUUUCUGAACUGAAGCAUGUUUUUACUGUAUUUAUUUCUGUGCAGAAUUUAUUUUUGGCUUUAGGUUGCAUUUCUUGAUGACUGUGUGACAAGUGACAUCAGUUUUCCGAAGUACUCCCACAUCAAGAUUCUUCUUUUUACUGUAUUUGUCCCAACUUUUCCGAUAAUGAGGUUUGUACUUAAUUAUAUUUGUAUUGAUUCAUUUGAGGACAGCAUGGUGGUGGUUUGGUGGGUAUCACUGGAACCUUACAGCAAGAAGGUCCUGGGUUCGAUUCCCAGGCGGGGCAGUCCGGGUCCUUUCUGUGAGGAGUUUGCAUGCUUUCCCUGUGUCUGCGUGGGUUUCCUCUCAGAGCAGUCCAAAAACUAGUUGGAUAAGCGGUUAAGAGAGUGAGUGAGUGAUUUAUUUGAGAAAGGUAAAAAUAAACGUGUAAGUUAGGUGACUUGGAGAUACAAAAUUGUCAGUUACGGUGUUUGAUAUUGAUCUUGAACUGAUGAAUCAUGUGUAACCUGUAACUACCUGUUCUGUCAUUAAUGUAACCAAAGUAUAAAACAUGAUCCUAAAAUCCUAAUAAAUAAAUACAAAACA